UGAUUGUGUUUAAAAAAAAUGAUCUGAUAUUUUGCAUAGAAUGAUAUAAUGACAUCAGUGAAACUUGAGGGAAGGCUGAUUACUCCGGCAGUCGUCCAAGGUUUAACUGAUGUAUUUACUUCGACGAAUUUUACACUUUUGAAAAACAGAUGGAUAUCGGAUGAUGAGGUGUCUACUUGUCAGUGGUGUAAAAACAAGUUCAAUCAGUUGAGGAGAAAGCAUCACUGCCGCCAAUGUGGAAAUGUUUUUUGCAGCAAGUGCUGUAAUGAAAAGAUUCCACUACCACAGCUCGGUUUGGAGGAUCCAGAGAGAGUGUGUGAGUCUUGUCGUCCUGUGACAGAGUACAUCACAAAGUCACUCUCCCCUCUACAGAAUUUUAAAUCAGAAGCUGCAGUUAACCUUGUGAAUCAAUGUGGAGAAAUCACAGGACUCUGUAAGGUUGUUGAACUUGGUGGUGUUCAGGCAUUAAUAAUGUUAGCAAAGAGUGAUAUUCCUGUUAUACAGGGUAAGGUUAUCACUGGUCUUCAGAUCCUGUCCACCCAUCAACCGCUUCACAGAUACCUGGCAGAUGCUGGAGCAAUCAAAGCCAUCUGUAGCAUACUGUCAAAGACGGCUAUGUCCUUUGAGCAGACCCUAGUGGAGGGGAUCAGCACACUGAAAAUCUUCUGUAGACUCCCUGAUCUGAAGAGUAAAGCUCUAGAGGAUGGCGCCCUGGAACCAGUCCUGCGAUUGAGCUGUACGUCUGACUGUAAUGCCGUCUCACUUGUAGCAGUGAGCACGCUCAGUCUGAUAGCAGAGGAUACAAGUACGCACAACAAAAUCCUAGAGAGUCCACUCAACGUUUUAACUUCUGUAUGUUCCCUGGCUGGCUCACAAGAUGAACAGAUGCAGGAAGUUGCAUUGAAAACCAUUUGUUUCCUUUCUUUGGGUUCAAACUGGCAGAAGCAUAGGAUUGUACAGGAGGACUUCACUGCUGGCCGUUCCAUACAGAAAGCCAUCAGAGGAAAUCCCAAAAACAAGCAGGUGCUCUGUAAUGCUGCCUGUCUCAUAGCUAACCUGGCUACAAGUAGUGAAGACCAGGGAGGUUUACAAGAUUUAUUAGAUGGACUGGGAGAGUUACUAAAAAGAGAUGAUACCAACCCCGACUUACAGAGUCAUACAGCCAGAGGACUAGCAAACUUUGCCAGGUUCCAGCAAAAUGCCAGCAAGAUUAAAAACAUGUUGCCAGUGAUAAUAUUCAAAUGUUUGAAGUCCCCUAACAGCCAUGUUAAGAUGCAUGCAAUGAGAGCUAUCUUUAAUGUGAUGUCUAUCAACCCCACUGACACUUGCAGUGAGCUUCUCAGAGACGGGGCUGGUGAGCUGUUGGAGGGGCUGUCCAGACUGAAGGGACUGACCAGCGCUAUACAGGACGCUCUGCUGGCCCAGGCUCCGGACCUCGUCAAACCGUUAUAACAGGACCAUGACAAGCGAUCACUCAGAUAUAGCUAGGAUCGGAUUGGAAGUGUGAAAUCAUCAAUCUCCCGUUCAAUAGGUGCAUAGACGGCAAAUUCUUGCAUUUUACUGAAAACAUCUGUUUUGUGAUAUACAUGUAAUUGGAUGAUAUUUUUUUGGAAACAGAUGUUUGAUGUUUUCUUUAACAGCUGUUUAAUGUAAACCGUUUGAAAUACUUAAAACAGUUUAAUGACAUAAAUCAAAGUUUAUUCUUUAGUUAAUGCAUU